AAGGUGGCGCGUUGCGCUCAACGGUUCGUUCGUACGUCUGAGCUCCGAUCUGUGAUCGUCGUCUCCACAGAAAACAGCUGACAAUAUCGGUCAAGUUCAGCUCCUUUACAGAAACGUGCAUUGUUUAUUGAAUUCUUUUCGAAUUCACACGAAAUUCACAUUUCAACGGCAAUUUUAAAUAAAAGCAAAAGUGCAAAACCUAUAAAUUAAAUUAUAAAUACUCAAGAACUUGUCACGGUGCCAAAUAUUAUGCGCAGAUAAAGAUAAAAGGUGUGCUUUCUUUGCUUUGCCUUCCAUUUAAAAGAAUCAACAAGAAAAUUUACAUGUUUAUUUCAAAGGUCGCACAAUAUUUAGGAAAAAAAAAAAACAAUUCUAAUGCCCUUACUGGUGCUUAUGUAAAUUUAAAGGCUUGCAAAUUACAAUUCGUGAUUGCAAAUGAAUUUUCAAGAAAACAAUUUGCGCAGCAGCUUUAAAAAAAAAAUCGAUUAUAAGCUUUAAGCGAUUCUGCGAAAUAUCAAAACAAUAACAAUAAGUAAAUAAAGAUGAGCAACGCCGCAGCUGUGGAAUUGGCCGUUGCCCAUCGCAAGGAGCAGGCCAAUGUGGGCACAUUGCUGGGCCGGCGUUAUGCGGAUCUUUUGCAUGCAGAGAAGCACACGGACUGUGUGUUCCAUGUGUGCGAGCAACAGCUGAAGGGACACAAGUUAAUAUUAAGUGCAGCCAGUCCCGUCUUCGAGGCAAUGUUCUAUGGGCCACUUCAGGAGCUGGAGCCGGAGAUUGAGAUACAUGACAUUAGUGCGGCGAUCUUUAAGGUGCUCCUCGAAUACAUUUAUACGGGAAGUGUGGACUACGAGUGCCUGCAGCUGGAGGCAUCCAUAGAGCUGUACUAUGCCGCCGAGAAGUAUCUGCUGGAUCAACUCAUUGCCGAUUCCCUGCUGGCCAUAACGCGCAAGCUGCGCUUCUCCAAUGUCCUGCCCGCCCUGGAGCUAAGCGUGUGCAUGGGCCUGGACAGUUUGCUGGAUGUCUGCAUGUCAUUCUUCAUGCGCUGUUGUGUCAACAAUGAUCAGUACAUGAGCUAUCUGAAGGAUCACUACGUUCACGUAUCCAAGGAAUGUGUCAAGUCCAUUAUUGCCGCCUGUAAAGAACCACACAAGCUGCUCCUCUGGUAUGUGUACGAGUGGACGCAGCAGGAGUGCGAUGAUGCUGGUCUGGGAGACGCCUCCACCUGGCAGGUGGCUCCAUCAACAGAUAUAGUCCAUAAUCCCGCUCCUCCGCCUGCUACGCUCGUGGAACGCUGCUACUACAAGGCCUGCCGUCCUUUCACCGUCGACGCGGAGUCACAUGUGUGGCGACUGGGAUUGAAGUGCUCCCGUUUCAUCUCCGUUCUGGGGCUAGUGCUCAACAGUCGUCUAGCUCCUAACCUCACUUGCCACAUUGGACGCGUUCCGCAGGAGUAUCGCGAAUCAUUGCGCAUUGAUCUAUAUGCGGAUGGCGGGGAGCCCGUGUGGACGCAUCACGUCCAAAGUCAGACAACAAAGUACAAUUGCGAUCUGCAUCUGAGCUGGAGCCGAGAAAAGGCCUGUGUCCUCACCCCCGAGGUGCAGUACGUGCUGCAGCUGAGCUGGGAGAGCAGCGCCUUUGGCGCAGAGUACCCAUGCAGCCUGCAAUCCUGUCUGGUCGAUGGCAUCCGCUUCAUGGACGGCGACAGCUUCAGUGGGAGCCCCGUCAAGGGAUUGCGCUAUGUGAACUUAGUUUAGGCAUCUCUCUUUAGGUAAUUUAAUUCGUACUCACUCUGUAUUUAUUGCCUUAAGUUAUUGUACGAGCCUCAGAGUUCAAUAAACUGUGAAUUCCGAUGGAAAAAGAAUUCAUUAAUAAUAUACACACAAUUCCGGUUUGUAUCUCGUCAGCUGAUAAGUUUACUCACGUGCAAGCUGAUAAAUAAACGGAAUUUGCAGCUAAGUAUUUUCUGCUU